AUGGCUUCUGGUUCACAAGAUGAAAUUAUGUUCGACGAUGAAAUGGAAGAUUCGGAGGAUGAGACUCUUUCCGAUUCAGAACCAGAACUUAACUUUGAUGUAGCAGUCCCAGAAGAAGAUGUCGAUGACUACGAGCGACUUAUGGCCGAAAGGCGAGCAAUUGGCCACGGGGCAACCUUGAACCCAGAGUACCGUAAUCUUGCAAUUCUCAUGAACUCGAAACGAAAUGUUCAGACUGGGAUGGUGGGAUUGUCUUCAUCAUACAUUGAUAAUGAUAACACAGGUGAUUAUGAUCCCGAUUCGGAGCCAUCCAAAGCUCGAAAGAAGAAGAAGAAGCCUAAAGCUGGAAUUAGAAAGAAGAAUGCAAAAGGAUCUGCCGUUAAGCUUGCUGUUGAGCGAGAGCUUAUUGUCAAGCUGUCUUUUAAACAGGACGCUUCGCUCACGUAUCUGCGCUCUAUCUCAAAAUCACUUUCUCCAGGUGACAGCGAGAUCGACUCUUCUAUUUCCUCUACUUCAUCUCCAUCAUUAUCAAAUAAAAACAAUGACUCUUUCGCUGUACUCGAGCCUCGCAGAAAAUACAGAACUCGGAUAAGAUUAGACAGUCCACAAGAAAGGGCAGACGGAUUAACACUGUCAGACCUAACCGACGGUCACCCCCAACGCAGGGGUUGUAAAUCGUGCUUCCUGUCCGGCGACGACGAAUGUUCGCUCCUUCAAUUCAGAUAUGAUUAUCCUUGCGCCGCUUGCGAAGACGGCGGUCACGAUUGCGAGUUGAUCGUCCCUCCCACACUAAAACUAUCCUGUCUCGGUUGCAAAACCCGAAAAUCAAACUGCUCCUACAAAUUCAAUGGCGGAAAGGGUAUCAGCAAAUGCGAAGAGUGUGAUGAACUGGACGAGCCAUGCUGUGCGCCCCCCUUGGAUGAAAACUCCUCUUACGCGAAGAGAUUCGAGAUUAUAUCAAUAUCUCCUCCACAACCACUUUUUGAGAGGACAUCCAAAUCUUGUCAACAAUGUCGGAUUGAAAGCAGGAGUUGCUCGUUGAAAUCUAAAACUGAUAUCGGACCUUGCGGAUCUUGCAAGAAAGGUGGACAGGAAUGUAGAUUUUUAAUACCUGGCCCGCAACAGAUCAAGAUACUCGAAGAAGACGCUGCUCGUGAAAAAGUAGCUAGGAAAGACGCCAGACUGAAAAUCUUGGCGGAGAGGAACAAGAUGACUGUUCGAGAUAUCAACGGAGGUGGUCGUCGAAAGAGUACAAACUUUCCCUCACCAACCUCACCUGACCGAACCACUACAUCACCAAGCACAACCUUCAGCACGCCCACACCCACAAUCAAACCCAAACGCCUCAAACACAAACCCUCCUCCCCCUCUCCAAAGCUCAAAACAAUAACAAUCGAAACAUCCCUCGCCCACCCCCUAACAUUCAUGCACAACCCAACACCCUCCCAACCCUGCUCCUGGUGCACCACCCCAUUCUUCGGAAUCUACGGCCACGGUCCCGUCAACGUCACCGUCUUUCCUUUCACCUCCUCCCAAGGCAACAUCGAGAUCAGCGAAACCGGCCACCAUAAAUUCGGUCGCGCGGAGCCAAGUCGCAUGUGUGUUGCUUGCACAUUUGAACGGGUUCGGGUCGUGAAGUGCAGUGGACAUGUGUUACGGGCUAUAAACGAGGGUGUGGAGAAGGAUGUUCUAGAAGAGUUGAAUCAGAGCUUGAAGAGAGGUGAGGGUUGGGAGUUAGCGAGGAGUGUAAAAUGGUGUUCUAUCUGCGCAUCUAUCGCUAACUUUUCUUGCUGUACAUCACAACCUUAUUCUGCAUCCGGUACACGCAACCCGACUCCCUUCUCAGCCUCCAACCCAGAGUUCAUAGGCUGCGGCCUCCACCUCUGCAAGAUCUGCGAGUGGACGUUCCGACGGCUGGAGCGCUCAAAGAGGGAGGAGUGGGGGUUGGAUGUGUUGGGCCAGCUUGUCGAGACGAGGAGAGCUGAGCUGUGGAGGUGGAGGGGGGAUGAACUCAGAGCUGAUUGUGAGUUGCUUGGUAGGGAGGGGGAGAUGAUGAGGCGAUUGGGUGGGAUGGGUGUGUAG